AUGCUGUCCUUCAUCUUGAUCCAGAACCGCCAGGGCAAGACCCGUUUGGCAAAGUGGUACGCACCAUACAGCGACGACGAGAAGAUUAAACUCAAGGGCGAGGUCCACCGCCUCGUCGCCCCCCGAGACCAAAAGUACCAAUCCAACUUUGUCGAGUUCCGCAACAACAAGAUCGUGUACCGCCGGUACGCCGGGCUCUUCUUCUGCGCUUGCGUCGACACCAAUGACAACGAGCUCGCCUACCUCGAGGCCAUCCACUUCUUCGUCGAGGUCCUCGACGCCUUCUUCGGCAACGUCUGCGAGCUCGACCUCGUGUUCAACUUCUACAAGGUCUACGCCAUCCUGGACGAGGUCUUCUUGGCGGGCGAGAUUGAGGAGACGAGCAAACAGGUCGUGUUGACGCGUUUGGAGCAUCUGGAUAAGCUGGAAUAA